AUGGAAGUGCCCCCAAACCCACCAGCACCUAAUAAAAGCGGUGCCAAGAGCAACAACUCCGCAUUUUUCUACUUUGAGUCCUGUCAACCCCCUUUUCUAGCCAUACUCUUGCUACUCACAGCGUAUACUAUGGUCCUGAUCAUGGGCAUUUUUGGAAACCUCUCUCUUAUCAUCAUCAUCUUUAAGAAGCAGAGAGAAGCUCAAAAUGUUACCAACAUACUGAUCGCCAAUCUGUCCCUCUCCGACAUCUUAGUGUGUGUCAUGUGCAUCCCUUUUACAGUCAUCUACACUCUAAUGGACCACUGGGUAUUUGGGAACGCCAUGUGUAAACUCACUUCCUAUGUGCAAAGUGUCUCAAUCUCUGUGUCCAUAUUCUCCCUUGUAUUGAUUGCUAUUGAACGAUAUCAGCUGAUUGUGAACCCCCGUGGCUGGAAGCCCAGGGUAUCUCAUGCCUACUUGGGCAUCGUCUUGAUUUGGCUCAUCUCCCUUUCAUUGUCUGUUCCCUUAUUCCUGUCCUACCACCUCACCAAUGAGCCUUUCCACAAUCUCUCUCUCCCGGAUGACAUCUACACCCACCGGGUGGCCUGUGUAGAGAUCUGGCCUUCCAAACUGAACCAACUCCUCUUUUCCACAUCAUUGUUUAUGCUCCAGUAUUUUGUCCCUCUGGGUUUCAUUCUUAUCUGCUACCUGAGGAUUGUUAUCUGCCUCCGAAAAAGAACUAGAAAGGUGGACAGGGGGAGGGAAAAUAAGAGCCGCCUCAAUGAGAACAAGAGGGUAAAUGUGAUGUUGAUUUCCAUUGUGGUGACUUUUGGCGCCUGCUGGCUGCCCUUAAACAUCUUCAAUGUCAUCUUUGACUGGUAUCACGAGAUGCUGAUGAGCUGCCACCAUGACCUGGUGUUUGUAAUUUGCCACUUAGUUGCUAUGGUUUCCACAUGCAUAAACCCUCUUUUUUAUGGCUUUCUCAACAAAAAUUUCCAGAAGGACCUAAUGACGCUUAUUCACCACUGUGGGUGUGUUGCACCUCAGGAAAGAUAUGAAAAUAUCGCCCUGUCCACUAUGCACACGGAUGAAUCCAAGGGAUCAUUAAGACUGGCUCACAUAACAACAGGGGUAUAG